UGCCUGCCAUUCCCGACUCCCUCGCGCUCCUCCCUCCUUCCUUGCGUGCUUCCUUCCCCCUCCUCCUCCCGCCCCCGCCUGCGCCGCGCGGGUAUUUUUAUACCACCCCGCCUCCGCCUCCUCGCCUACUCAACACCAUUCGCUCGCCGGGCCACGCCUCCUCCGAGCGCGAGUAGAGAUACAGGGACCUCGCGGCGAGCCAAGUAGGAGGAGCGCGCGCCCGCGCGACACGUAGCGGAAGCAUUUCGUUCGUUGGCGGAGCGAGCAGGAGGAGGGUCAACGGCCGAGGUAUUAAGCGGCUAAACAUAGUUGCUCGGAUUCUUAUCCGCGGGUAGCCAGCGAUGGAGGUGUGCUGCUGCUCCACCUCGUCGUCGGUGCUCGCGGCGGGGGCGGCCCGCGGGGGCGCCCGGAGGCUCGCCGCCGCGCCGGCGCGGUGGGGCGCGGCGGGGUUCGGGACGAGGGCGGUGGUACUGGUGCACCCGCUCCCGCGCCCCGCGGCGGCGGCGGGGCCGGCGCCGCGGCGGGCGCGGAGGGGCGGCGUCGUCAGGGCGGUGUUCGAGCGGUUCACGGAGCGGGCCGUCAAGGCGGUCGUGCUGUCGCAGCGGGAGGCCCGGGGGCUCGGGGAGCCCGCGGUGGCGCCGCGCCACCUGUUCCUCGGCCUCGUCGCCGAGGACCGCUCCCCCGGCGGCUACCUUUCGUCGGGGAUCAACAUCGAGCGCGCCAGGGAGGAGUGCCGCGGCAUCGGGUCCAGGGACGCCGGCGCGCCGGCGGCGCCAAAGGCCGGAUCGGGGCUCGACACCGACGUGCCCUUCUCCGCGACCGCCAAGCAGGUCUUUGAGGUCGCCGUCGUGCUCUCCAAGAACAUGGGAUCCAGCUUCAUCUCGCCGGAGCACCUCGCCAUCGCGCUCUUCACCCUCGACGAUCCAACCACCAACAACCUCCUCAGGAGUUUGGGAGCUGAUCCAAGUCAGCUAGCAUCAGUUGCGGUUGACCGUCUUCAAGCAGAGCUUGCGAAAGAUGGAAGAGACCCUGCCGGAGCACCAUCUUUCAAAGUCCCAGAGAAGGCUCCUGCUGCAGCUGGAAGAUCUGCUUUCUCCCAAUCCUUGACUAAAAAGAAAGAGAAGGGUGCACUAGACCAGUUUUGUUUGGAUUUGACCACACAAGCUAGUGGAGGUUUCAUCGAUCCUAUUAUUGGUCGUGAAGAGGAGAUUGAGAGAGUGGUUCAGAUAAUAUGCCGACGGACGAAGAACAAUCCUAUUCUUUUGGGUGAGGCAGGAGUUGGGAAAACUGCAAUUGCUGAGGGACUUGCUCUUCGAAUUGCAAAUGGUGAUGUCCCCAUUUAUCUUGUGGCAAAACGUAUAUUGUCACUGGAUGUUGGUCUACUUAUUGCUGGCGCUAAAGAGAGAGGUGAAUUGGAGUCUAGGGUUACUAGUAUAAUUCGGGAAGUCCGGGAAGCAGGCGAUGUUAUUCUUUUUAUUGAUGAGGUUCACAAUCUUAUUGGAACUGGAACUGUUGGAAAGGGUAAGGGUUCUGGCCUUGACAUUGGCAACUUGCUGAAGCCCGCGCUUGCUAGAGGUGAACUGCAGUGCAUUGCAGCAACAACUCUAGAUGAACACCGGAUGCAUUUUGAGAAGGAUAAGGCUUUGGCCCGCCGCUUCCAGCCAGUAUUAGUAGCUGAGCCUAGUCAGGAAGUUGCUGUGAAGAUAUUGCUUGGUCUUCGUGAGAAAUACGAAACUUACCAUAAAUGCAAAUUCACAUUAGAAGCCAUCAAUGCAGCAGUUUAUCUGUCAGCAAGAUAUAUCCCUGACAGACAGCUUCCUGAUAAGGCUAUUGAUCUAAUUGAUGAGGCUGGAAGUAGAGCUCGGAUGGAGUCAUUUAACAGGAAGAAGGAAGGGCAGUCUUCAAUUCUCUUGAAGUCACCAGAUGAAUACUGGCAAGAGAUAAGAUCUGCACAGGCCAUGCAUGAAGUGGUGUUAUCUAACAAGGCAAAAUAUUCUCCAAAUGUGAAUAAGCAAGAGAGUGGAAGUUCUGACGUUGAAGUACCAUAUGAAGACAAUAGCAGACCAAUUGUAGUUGGGACAGAGGAAAUUGCAAGAGUUGCCUCAUUAUGGUCAGGGAUACCAGUGCAGCAGUUGACGGCCGAUGAUAAAAAGCUUCUAGUAGGACUAGACGAUGAGCUCAGGAAACGGGUCAUUGGCCAAGAUGAUGCAGUUGUGGCCAUAUCUCGUGCAGUGAAGAGAUCGCGUGUUGGCCUUAAUGACCCUGAUAGACCUAUCGCUACACUGCUUUUCUGUGGUCCAACAGGAGUCGGUAAAACAGAGCUUACCAAGGCUCUAGCAGCAAGUUAUUUUGGAUCGGAAUCUGCUAUGCUUAGAUUAGACAUGAGCGAGUAUAUGGAGAGGCACACUGUGAGCAAGCUCAUAGGCUCUCCUCCAGGGUACAUUGGCUAUGGUGAAACUGGUACUUUGACAGAAGCAGUCAGGAGGAAACCCUUUACUGUGGUAUUGCUGGAUGAGAUAGAGAAAGCUCACCCUGAUAUUUUCAACAUCCUUCUCCAAAUCUUUGAGGAUGGACAUUUGACAGACUCACAGGGCCGCAGGGUUUCCUUCAAGAAUACAUUGAUUGUGAUGACUUCAAAUGUUGGUUCUACAUCAAUUUCAAAGGGAAGGCGGAGCAUAGGUUUCUUGAAGGAAGAUACCGAGUCAAGCUCGUAUGUUGCAAUGAAAUCCCUAGUAAUGGAAGAGCUGAAGGCAUUUUUCCGACCAGAGUUGCUCAACAGAAUUGAUGAGAUGGUUGUGUUCCGUCCUCUGGAGAAGACUCAGAUGCUGGCCAUUCUUGAUAUCAUCCUGAAGGAAGUGAAGGGCAGGCUUUUGUCCCUUGGGAUAGGCUUGGAGGUGUCUGAUGCAAUGAAGGAUCUGAUUUGCCAAGAAGGGUACGACAAGAGCUACGGGGCACGGCCGCUGCGGAGGGCUGUCACUCACAUGAUUGAGGAUGUCAUCAGCGAAGCGAUUCUGUUCGGCGAGUUCAAGCCUGGCGACACGAUUCUGAUGGACAUCGAUGCCGAGGGGAAGCCAUGCAUGAGCCAUCUGGACCAACAGAUCGUCCAGGUCACUGACCCAACACGGGCACUGUGAAGCUCCGCGCCGGAGGUCCUGAAGUUAUGUCCCAGAUUUCCAGUAUAGUAGGGUAGAGGUCUAAUUUUUUAUUCUUUCAAGCGUCAAGAGAUUGAUAAUUCUUUGAUACGUAAAUAGAGUAUUCCAAGAUGUAUCAACAAGAUAGGGCAGCUAUUAAUGUUCCAAGAUUUUAUCCAACUGUAUAUUGCUGAAAGAGUCCCGUUCAAUUUAUCAAAUA